CAUUCACAUAAUAAUCAGGUCCUAAGCUAGAAAUUUAGAAGUAAUUAUCUACUAUUUAAAUGUAAAUGAUAGAGGGGCACAUAGUUUACUAUAUAUACGUGUAGACAGAUACAGAGAGAGAAAAGAGAAACAGCAAAACAGAUCUCAAGCCCUUUUCAUAUGCAGUGAUCUUUUGAAAAAAAAAAACUCUCUCAUCAACUCCUAAUAAUUAAACACCCAAAAGAGGUGGAGAGAGAGGGAGACUCUCAGAAAGAGUCUUAAAAGUCUGAGUUGGUUUUUGUUUUCUUAAUUUAUCUUCAUCUCUUCUUCUUUAAUAUAAGCAGAGAAGGAAAGUGUAUUUUCCAGUAGCAGUUUUUAUAUGUGUCAUCACUUUUGGUACGUUUGAUUCCAAAGCUCGUCUUGUUCUCUAUUCUUAUCUUCCACAUUUGUCUUCCCUGUCAGCUUCUUCUGCAGAUUUAACCCCACAAAACUACCCUCCUUUUCGUAUCAUCAUUAUCAUCAUCAUCAUCAUCUUCUUCUUCUUCUACACUGCUUGCAAAAGUUCGAACCUUUUUUUUUGCACUGGAAUUGAGGAAAAAAUGGGCACAGGUUGGAGAAGAGCUUUUUGUACAACAAUCCCAAGAGACAAAGAGCCCAGAAAUAAUGUAGAUAAACUGCAACAACAAGAACAGGAGCAUCAAAAUCAAAAUCAUCAGGGUUAUCAACAAUUCCCCAGCCCAAGUCCUAGUCCAAGAAGUUGUGCAAAGUUUGGAUUUUUAUCCGGUGGAAGCAACCCUUCCACUCCACGGCUCCGUUGCAAAACUAAUGCAGUUUCUUCUCAGCCACCUUCAACAAAUGACACUCCUCUUGUUAGCCCCAGAUUCCAUUGCAAAACUACCAGUAAUACUCCAAAGGCUUCAACCAAGGCCACAAAACCACGUUUUGGCUCCAACCCAACUUCACCAAGAUCCCCAUUUGCAAUCCUCAAGAACAGUCUUCGUCUCACCAGAAGUAGUUGUGGAGUUUGUAUGCAAAGUGUGAAAACAGGGCAAGGAACGGCAAUUUAUACAGCAGAAUGCUCUCACACAUUCCAUUUCCCAUGUAUAGCUGCACAUAUUAGGAAACACAGCACACUCAUCUGCCCAGUUUGCAAUUCCACCUGGAAAGAUGUUCCUCUAUUAGCUAUGCACAAGCUUCAACAGCAUCAAGAUGUACAAAAAAAUGCCAGCUUUGAUGCCAACUCCCCAAAAUGCUACCAGGAAUUCAAGCCAUUAUUACCAAACCUCAAAACUAAACAAGAAAAGCCAGUGAAACCCAGUAUCAAACAGUCAGCUUACAAUGAUGAUGAGCCAUUGGUUUCACCCAAAUUUAUCCCCAUCCCAGAAGUUUCCAAUGAAGAACAAGACACCCACGAUGAUGAUACGGAAGAAUUCCAAGGAUUCUUAGUCAAUCCAAUUCCAAGCGACAAAGAAUCGUCUAAAGACAACUUGAAGAAUGUGGAAGUCAGCUUAUUACCUGAUGCCGCCGUUGUUUCCGUGACCCGAACCCACGAAACUUACGCCGUCGUUUUGAAAGUAAAAGCUCCUCCGCCGCCGCCCAAGGCGGCGUACAAUAGCAAUUCCCCUCAUCUCAAUAAGGACCCGGCCCACCGUGCGCCGAUUGAUUUAGUUACGGUGCUUGAUGUGAGCGGAAGCAUGACUGGCGCCAAGCUCCAGAUGUUGAAAAGAGCCAUGCGCUUGGUUGUGACUUCGCUCGGCUCCGCUGAUCGGCUUUCAAUUGUGGCAUUUUCCGAUGUUCCCAGAAGGCUAAUGCCUUUGCGAAGAAUGAACGCUCAGGGUCAACGAUUAGCUAAGCGGAUUAUUGAUCGUCUCGCUUGCAGCCAGGGAACUUCAGUUGGUGAAGCUCUGAGGAAAGCUACCAAAAUUCUCGAUGACCGGCGGGAAAGAAAUCCGGUGGCCAGCAUCAUGUUGUUAUCGGACGGGCACGACGAGAAAGUUCAGAAUGAUGGGGAAAAUAAUAACAAUAAUAAUCAACGGCACAGAUCGCCACCGGUUUCAUCAACCCGAUUUGCCCAUAUUGAAAUUCCGGUGAACUCAUCCGGGUUCGGAGAGAAAGCCGGGUACACCCGGGAGCCAGAGGAGGAUGCAUUUUCCAAAUGCGUUGGCGGGUUGUUAAGCGUGGUGGUUCAAGAUUUACGGAUUCAACUCGGGUUCUCUUCCGGGUCUGAUCCAGCUGAAAUCGGAGCGGUCUAUUCAUGCAAUACCCGGCCCACGGUCCUUGGAUCCGAAUGCAUACGGCUGGGCGAUCUCUACGCCGGGGAAGAAAAAGAAUUGCUCAUGGAAGUGCGGGUCCCAGCGUCAGCCUUUGGGUCCCACCACGUGUUAUCGGUUAGAUGCUCCCACAAAGAUCCGGCGACUCAAGAGGUGGUUUACGGCCGAGAACAAGCGUUGCUGGUGCCGAGGCCGCAAGCCGUCCGGUCAUCGCUGCCGCAAAUCGAACGGCUGAGGAAUCUCUUCGUCACGACCCGAGCCGUAGCCGAGUCACGGCGGCUGAUUGAGCAUAACGAGUUGACCAGCGCCAUGCAUUUGUUGACGUCGGCUCGGGGUUUGUUGCUGCAGUCGAGAUGCGAGUCGGUCGACGAGUAUGUUAAAGCCUUGGAAGUCGAGCUGGCUGAGGUACAAUGGAGAAGGCAGUACGAGCAACAACGGAUGAUGAUGAACCAACGGCGGAAAGUGAACCACGAGAGAGAAGCCGCCGUCGCCGUCGGCGGCGGAGCCACCGUAUUUCUGGAUGAAAAUGGUGAGCCGCUGACACCAACAUCGGCUUGGAGAGCGGCAGAGAAGCUCGCUAAAGUUGCAAUUAUGAAGAAAUCCAUGAACAGAGUUAGUGAUUUGCACGGCUUUGAAAAUGCUAGAUUUUGAUUCUUUUCGUUUUUUUUUUUUUUUUUUUUCUUUCUUCUAAAUUUUGUAAUAAAAAAAAAUAGUCCAUAAGAAAACACGUUAGAAAUUUGCGUCGAGGUAAUAGAAUAGCGACAAGUGGUUACUACCCGACGGCCCGGCCCUUUCUGAAGGGUAAACCCCAACGGCCCACUUUUUAAUUGAUUGAUUUCUGGGCCCUGAUUUGUCCAGUUACUUUCAGUUUGAUAGAGGCGUUCCGUUUGUGGGGGUGCGCUUUGAACUAUGUUCAUCAGUUUGUGAAAAAUGUGUAAAUUGAUUUCCGAGGAAAAUCUCUUCUAUUUAAUUUUAAGUAAGC